AUGCUCACAUUAGACCCUCGAAGAAUCGGCGCCAUGAACCACCCUUCAGGCGGCCCAUUUCCCAAUGACCUGCCUGUCAAGACAGAAGACCCCGGAUUACAACUUCAGGGUUUCCCUGUCGACUGCCCAUCCCCAGGCCACCAAAGGUCAGACGUUUCCAACGCCUCGAGGGUAUCAAACUACAUGCAACCCACCACCUGUCCGCCCAGUAUACUCACCAGAUACGACACUCCGGUGAACAUGUUAGGGCUGAACAACGGCGGGAUGGAGUUUAUAAAUCUCGACCCGCUGUUUCAGAACGUAUGCCCACUCGGCCAUGUAUUUGACUGCAAUAAACCACCACAGCUGACCCCUCAGAAUUUGAGCGGAGGAGGAGACAUCACCCCCGAGGAGGGUCUGCCCAUCAAUUUCAACAUCUCCCCAUUUAUCGAGUGGCCGCAGCCUACAGACGAUGCCGAGUCCGGCAACCUUGCUCUCCAGCAACAACAACAACAACAACAGCAGCAGCAGCAGCAGCAGCAGCACAAACCUCCGCCGCCACCACCUCAACUACCACCUCAUAUGCAACCGCAAAUGCCCUUCCACCCACAAUUUCGACCGCCCCAUAUACCCAUUCCAACCACGCACCGGAUGAAGCUCGACCGCAUCCGCCGCAACUCCGCGCCGGAACUGAGCUUGCACGAGCAGGAACGGCAGAGCAAGCAUGCCAGCCGCCGCGCCUCGCACAAUAUCGUUGAGAAGCGGUACCGCAUAAACCUCAACAGCAAGUUCCAGAAGCUGGACGAGGUCGUCCUUUGCGGGAUGGACCCAAAAUUCGAUCCGGAUGUCGCCCAUGGCAGCUCCAAUUCUGCGAAUUCCAACUCGGAGGGUGUUGCAUCCGCACCAGUAUCCGCGAUUGCGACCCAGGUUAAUCGAAAGCAGCCGUCCAAAACGUCGAUUAUCGAUAGUGCGCUAAACUAUAUUGAGAGUCUACAGCGGGAGGUACACGACCUCAAGCGGAGACUGGAGGUUUACGAGAAGGGUGGCGCUACGCUCCAGGUACAGCCCGGGGGCAAGUCUUUGCAAGACCUCGAUGCUGCAACUGGAUCAGGACGUGCACAGGACUUUAUAGACGAACAUAAAGACGACACAUGGGAAAGCAGCUCGGUGAAAAGCGGAUCGCCUUUUAGUUAG